UCCUCAGUUGCUAUGGCAACCAGGGAGAGCAGCCAGACAAAAAUGAGGCAAAGGGGAGGGGCUUUCAAUGGAGAAAUAGAGGAGAAAGGGCUGGAUGGGAAAGAUAGACAGAGGGAGGGAUACAGACAGCCAUUAAAGAAACGCACUGAGUAAAAACGAGGUAAAGCACGGCUACAGACGGAUAUAGAGAUAAGGUCUGGAUAUAAAUACGCACUCCACUGGCAGGGGAAUAAUAACUGCAAGUGACUGGAGGAUACAGAGAAAGGGGGACACACAGAGAAGAUGGAUGUACAAACGGAGAACAUGGACCCCCCGCCUUGUGAAUCCCAGUCGAGUGGAAAAAUUAGAAAAGGAUUCAAGCUAUUUGGCAAACGCAAGCCAGGUAACAUAUUUUCUAUUCGAAGCAAAGGUGAUGGAAACAACAAGUCACCUGUUAUUAGCAGCACUACCAUAGAUGGAUUAUCUGAGACCACUGCAGGAGCUUCAGAGCAGGAGUUGAACAGGGAAAAGGGACAGGAGGUGAGUCAAGGAGAGACGGAGCAGGCAGAGGAGGAGCCGCUCGGUGAAGAUGGCACUCAGGCUGCUGCCCCUGCCCGCGCCUCCAUUUCUUCUGCCAGCUCAGCCAGGUCUCUCAGCUUCCUGUCGUUGCUGAGGGGUGGCCGGAGAGGAGUGGGGGACCGCAGAGUCCACACCGUGUCCCAGCCAGUGGGUCGGCAUCGUCGUGGGCUUAAGGGUCUCUUUGACAAUGUAAUGUUCCGAUCAAGAGAUAAAGAGAAGGAGGCAGCCCCUCCGAGCCCUCUUCUCAUGUCCUCCCGCACCAUCAGUGUAGAAAUCAUCAAUGAGGACCUCACCCUUACCCCUAAAUCCCAGCCUCGCUCUUUGGACAGCCCUGAGACUGGGAGCUGGGAUCCUAAGAAGAGCUUAACAACACAAGACAGUGCAGCCACAUCCCCAUCAGAGACCAUAACUCCCCAGGUGACGGCAAGCAAUGUGAGUAGAACUAAUGAGCAUGUGCCGCCUUAUCCCAUCUCUGAACCACCCUUGGUACCCGGUGAUAACAGUCUGAGCUGCUUGCUGGCAGACAUCUCCUCUCUCCUGACCUUUGACUCAAUCUCAGGGGGUGGCGACAUCAUGGCUGAUGUGGAGGCAGAGUGGGGCAAAGCGAGCAGUCCCAUCGGUGCCUUGGUGACGGAAGUCACGGCACCAUCCACAUCUCUCUUCUCUAAACCUACAAUCUCAACUCCACUGACGUCUGUCUCUGUCAGCACCUCUGCUACAGCCAAACAAUCAUCUGCAGCCGUCCCCACAACAUCCUCCUCCCAAUCCUUUACUCCUCUGACAAAAACAAGUUCAACUUCUUCUCCCAUUGCCAAGCCCAGCUCUAUCAUUACGACGUUGACCAAAUCUUCCACUUUGACUACUCACUCAGUCAAAUUGAGUUCGGACUCUACUCCAGCCUCUGAGCCUUCUGCUAGCAUUAAAAUUAAAUUGACUCCUACGCCCAUUGCAACAAAACCCUCAACAACCCCUAUAACUUUAACAAGCCUUUCGGCUCCAAUAAUGUCUCCCCCUUCUAUGACAAUUAAAUCUGAGCUGAGCUCCACCUCCACUACUACCGCAGCCCCACCAAUAACCAAGGCCACUGUAGUCAAAGCUCCCUCAAUUAGCCCAACUCUUACCUGUAAGGCUAGCAAAUUGGCUUCAGAGAUUGCAGCACCUCCUCAAAUGAUUGCUUCGGUAAGUAAACCUAUCUCUGUAACCACUUCAACUCCUGUGUCAGCUAAACCUCCACCAGUAACCCAUAGCCCUCCCACCCCUAUUCCUUUCACCCAACCAUCACCUGCUAAAUUGGAUUCAGCUAGCAGUUUGAACCUGCAAACUUCCACUUCCUACAAACUUUCCCUAAGCUCAGCUGCAGGAGAAUCUAAAGCCCCAGUGAUAGUCUCACCAACCUGUGCGGUUACUAACCCAUCAAACAUUUAUCCUUACUCUCCCCCUACUUUCAGUACUAGAACCCAACCCAGUACCGCUAACUCUCUCCUAACUCCAUCUUCAACUUCCUUAGAUAAGAUUCCUCCCAAAACUAAACCCACACCUGCGACAUUCUCAUUAGAUAAGAUGCCCCCUGCUCCCCCAUCAACCCCAACUCCUACAACUCAUGCUGUUGUUUCUACAGCAUCCACAACACCUCCUCCUCCGGGUCAGAUCCAAGUCUCUCAAUCUAAAGCCCCUCCAAUUCCUGCUCAAAUCCCAAUUUCUGUACCUAAAGACCCACCAGCCCCUGCUCAGUUGCAGGUUUCUCAAUCUAAAGCCCCUCCUGUCCCUGUUCAGAUCCCAAUUUCUGUAUCUAAAGCCCCUCCUGUCCCUGCUCAGAUCCCAAUGUCUGUAUCAAAACCCCCUCCAGUCCCUGCUCAGAUUCCAAUUUCUGUGUCUAAAGAUUUGCCAGCUCCGGCGCAAAUUCAAAUUUCCCAAUUCAAAGCCCAAACUGCCCCUACUUGUAUCCCAGUUUCUCCAUCUACUGAACUUCCUGCCCCUGUUCAUAUCCCAGAUUCUGUAUCUAAAGCCCUUCCUCCAUCAACCCCUGGCCCUGGCGCUUUUCCUUCUACCCCUUCACCUUGUCAGAGUGAGGCCCCAGCCUCUGCUAAGAUGAGAUUAACUGGACAGGCAUCAGUCGAUGGGCAACUGACCAGUCCAAAUAGUGCCCAGGGGGCCCAGGCGGUACCAUGCAAAACAGAGGCACUGCAUAAUGAGUCACAAAAGAACCUCCAGGGUCCCUCCAGAGAAAGGAAGAUACCACAAGCAAAGGCAUCAGGACUAAGCAAAAUACCUGUAGUAGGAGGGGGCAAAGCAGGCAAGUUACCUGUGCGGGACAGUCAACAUGUUGACGAUGAAGCAUGCAGGGACCCACCUACUCCUGUGCGAGAAGAAGAGAGGCCCCGUUUCAACUCACAUGAUGCAGGGAACAAAGAUAAAAUCAGUGAUGUUGAGGCGUAUGUGCCCACCUCAAGACACACCCAGGAGGAGAGUCAGCAGCUUCCCCAGCCUAAAGUCCUCACCAGUUUACCGCGUGACUCAAAGAUCCCUGUGAAGCACGGCACGCAGUCUCACACUGCCUCCCUAACACCUCAAGCUAAAGAACCCUCUCGUACCAAGAUCCCUGUGUCCAAGGUUCCUGUCCGCAGGGCUGGUAACAAACCAGCAGCUGCUGGUGGCAGCACCCAGAUGAGAAAAUAAUACAAACAACACAGAUUAUGGCUUUGACUGCAACUUAUUUCCUAAUAUAACUACACAACCAUCCUUUUUUCAUAUUUCUAGACUGUAAGUCCUGGCUACAACAUAAGCAACAGUAACAGAGUCGAGGAGGCCAACAGCACUCAAGCACAAAACAUCUCCGCAGGGAGCCUAACAACAAGUCUCGCUCUUUGGUGCUGAGCCAACUGGACAUGCACUCAGGAAAGGUUGAGGGUCACACCUGAACACACAGCAGCAUCGGGGACUAAGGAUAAGCAAGAUAAAAGGUCUUCUGGGAACACAGUCACACAUGGGCGAGUGCCUUUUUAAAGGGUGCUUUUCAGAUGGACUUUUCUACAGUACUUUUAACUUUUGUUACUCCCACUUUUUUUAGGAACCUUUAAAUCUUUUUGUCUUUCUUUUCAGCAAGUCUGUUUGAUGAUAACCUGUUUUUAUUUAUGUCUGAAGAAGAACAUCAGGAGCUCUAUAAAUUAAUGCAACAACCAAAUUUACAUUCCGCACCUAUCUCUGGAUCUAUGUAGCAGAAAAUGUGCAAUUACAUGUGUCGCCCUGCCCAUAUGUAACAUGAUCAGAUCUUACUGUGAACUCUGUGAGAGACUGAGUUUGAGGGAGGAAUGGAAAUCACGCCUUUCAAUGAAAAGGACAGUGGACAGCAGCCAUUAUGAAUGGCACUGUGGAUGUUUGAGCGAGAGGAUGCUGAGAAAUCUCUCAUACACUGGCACAUCCUUAUCCUUAUCCCACUUAUACUCAGAUGAGAACAAUAUCUCUGUGUAUCAUCUCAUCUAUGUUGUUCUGUUUCCUAUGUAAUCAAUAAAACAUGAGUACUUUGCAAGAUGA